AUGUCAUCAAGAAAUUUGGCGAUUGUUCUUGGACCAAAUAUACUCUUUGUUCCAACAGUGAAUAAUUCAGAAAGAGUUCACAUGGAUAGUUUCAAGAGACUUUCUAUUCGAUCUGAAAUUAAGAGACAACAAGAAACCAUUUCAGUGGUCUGUGACGUGUGUCAAUUCCUCAUUGAACAUCAAGAAGAGCUCUUUAGAAAAUCUGUGCUCAUCAAUUCAUAUUCACAUCCACUUUCAACACGAGAAUUGAAUGAAGAUGAAGCCUCUGAUCACACCAAGCAUUCACUAAAUAAUGGAAUCAUUAACAAUUCUGAAGCACCAGCAGCAGUGAUGAACGAUCUCUUAAUGGCUCUUCAAGAAAAAGAACAAACCAUUUCUCAAAUGAAACAAGAAACCUUCUUGAAAUUGCAAAAACAGAAAAUGAUCAAACAAUUACAAGCAGAAAAUGCACUUCUCGCUCGAGAGAACAAACAAAUUUCAAAAUCUUUGGAAGAAACAUGCAAUGAAUUGCAAUAUUUGAAAACUCAGAUCGAACAAUUGACAUUGAACGGAGAGAUGGAUUCGAAUCAUCUUUCACCCAUGAAUGGAAUCCCAACCAUUGCAAGUGUUUCAACAAGUGAUUCAAUCGACACGAGUAGUGAAAGUAGUAGUUCAGAAAGUGCCACCACCUUUGAGAAAGUCACUUCCAUCAUGUUUACACUGCUUGUCAUUUCACUAUCGGUUUGGAUCUAUGCCAACUCUGUAUUUGAAUCAUCACAAUGA